AAGAAGAAGAGAAGAACACCCUCUUGUGUUCCUCCAAUGAGAAAACCUUCCUGCAGAGAUAAGCUUGAUCGUGUUCAUGCUGUACAAAAGACAGUUUCGCUUUGAUUCUAUGUGUAUAACUAUAAUGUAUGUCAGUAGGGUACAUGCUGUUUUCAUCUGCAUGUUUAUUUGAUUACAUUAGAUUAAAACGGGAGUGUAACGGCUUAGUGAAAGUAGUAAAUUACUUCCAUAGUGUUUCCACCGUCAGCAUUAUAAAUGUAGGUAUUUCGUGAUUAAUUUUUAUUAAUAAAUAAUAAAACAGAAAAGUUGUAGAUUUUGGCCCUUAAUCGGUUGAACUGCGUUAAUGCGGAGGUUUAAACUCUCCCGGAACGCCAUUUUAAUACUGGACACAAGCAAAAGCUACUGCUGGAUUAAACACUCUCGUUAUUCAGUUUAAAGGUGUUAAACAGCGACCCUUCCGGGACUAAAUAGGUAAACCAGCGUUUAAAUCGAGAAUUUAUUUGUUUUUUCUUUUUUUGUUAUUUAGCUUGUUAACAGAUGCUAAAGCUAACCCGGUUAAUGUGACUCAUGAACACAGACUUUGACCACAUCGGUGGUCAUUUAAACUAGUACAUCGGUAAAGGUGGAUCAGUACUCGGGUUUGGUAUGAUAUAAAGCAAUGACCUCUCAGAAGAAGAUGAAGAAAAGAAAGGAACUGAAUGCUCUCAUUGGAUUGAGUGACAGCAGCAGGAAGAAAAGCAAACAGACGUGUGGACACAAAUUGCUGCGAACCGAGCCACCCAACUCCGAAUCCGAGUCGAGUUCAGAGGAGCCGGACUUCAGCAGCAGCAGAACCGGACUGUUCGAAAAGAGUUCAGUGCAGUGCUGCUCCCUGUGUUACCCACUCUGUGUGUUCAUCAUUCUGGCGGCAUGUGUCAUGGCCUGUGCAGGGCUCAUAUGGAUGCAGAUUGCCCUCAAAGAGGACCUGGACUCCAUGAAAGAGAAGAUCCACAUUAUGGAAAGCAGUCAAAAACUGUCAUCACAUGAGAUUGUGAAACUCGGUGAAGAUCUGAAGGCCAAACAGAGAAAACUGGAUGACGUUGAAAAUGGUGACAAAGGCCUGGCUAAAUUAUGGUCCAAUCUAACAGAAAUCAACCAAAAGCUCAGUACACUUGACUCUGCUGUCAAUCACUUGAAAGCGAACAUAAAAUCAGCAUCAGAUCUUAUCGCUCUUCCAAGAACAGUCGAGGAACUCCAAAAGAGUGUGGCCACUAUUGGCAGCACUGUCACCAGUGUCCAGCACGACGUCUCAAUGAUACAGUCUGCUGUGGAAGAGAAAAGAAAAGGAGAUCAACAAAAAGAAAACAUGAAUGGAGGGAAAACCGCAAACAGCAUACCUGAAAACAACAAUACCUGUUUUACACUUAAGCAGGAAAUCCAGUAUCUUCAGGAGGGCUUGAAUGAAUUGAACAGCACUCAAGUUCUUCAUCAAUCCUGGUCCAAUGAGCAGCUCCAGAGCGUUCAUUUUGUGCUGUCCAACCUCAGCAGAUGGGUGUCUUCUCUUGAACAGAGCUCUGCUAGCACCACUGCUGCUUCUCAUAAAGAACUUCAGACUGGUGAAGAACCAGUUAACACUGGUUCAUCACCAUCUCGCCAUCCCAGAUUUCUGUCUCAGAAACGUUAUAAACGAGGGCAGUUUUCCACUCUGAAGAAAGUGGUGUUUCCUGGGGUUAACUCUGUCAAAGAUCUAGAGAAGGUCCUCUAUCAAGCUCUGCAGGGUCGUUUGUGGCAUGGUGUGACGUAUGAGGAGUUGAAGGAAGUGUUUGGAUCAGAUACUCCAGAUUCCAGCCUUCUCCAGCUCUAUGACCGAGAUGAAGACCACAUGUACACACUGGAAGAGCUUCACACUGCUGUUUCUGCAUGAGCUGCACUGAGGUCAGUCCUGACCUUCAUCAUCCAUGAUGAAUGAUUGAAGAGAAUACAGCCUCAUUACUGAAUGCACUGUAUUACAUCAGUGUUGACUGCUUAACUGUGUGAUUGAUCUUAUGGCACGGAGCACAAAUCUGACUAUAUACUGUAAUGUUAAAAACAGUGUACACACUGUAAUUGACCUCACAGUCAUUUGAAGCUCUUCAGGCAAGUCGUGUGUGUAUGUGUGUGUGUGUGUGUGUGUGUGUGUGUGUGUGUGUGUGUGUGUGUGUGUCAGUUUCAUUGAAUUUGACAAAAUAGCUUGAAAUGUUUUUUUAUUUUUAUUUUAUUUAUUUUUUUUUUUUAGAUUUAUUACACAAAAUGAAGCCUAUUUUUUUAAGAACCAUUAAGAUUCUUUUUGUGACAAUUUAAGCACAUUUUCCAACCCAUAUUUUAUUAGUGUUAUGCAAGAAAAAAAUAUCAUUGUAAAGUAUCGUAUACAUCAUAGUAAACAGUACAAAGAAAUCGUUGUAUUAAAGUGUAACAGAGUAACAAAAUACUGUAUUACAGUAAUGAGAAUCUCCAUUGAGAAUAAAAAAAACUCAAAUGUGCUUAAUUGUCAUAAAAUUAGUCACAGUGCAACCGUUUUUAAUGUUCCUGGAAUAGGCUUAAUCUUUUUUCUGCAAAAAUAUAAUUCCGUAUUCUUUUCCAUAUGCCUUGAUAUUGAUUUCAGUGUGAAAUGUGACAAUUUGUUUGUGACAUUCUCCCAUAUAUAUACACACACUACCGGUCAAAAGUUUUGAAACACUUGACUGAAAUGUUUCUCAUGAUCAAACAUUUUUUUGAUCUGAAGGCAUAUGCUUAAAUGUUUGAAAUUAGUUUUGUAGACAGAAAUAUAAUUCUGCCACCAUAUUAAUUUAUUUAAUUAUAAAACUAAAAUUUAAUAAAAAAACAUUUUAAAAAAACUUUUUUGAAAUUGAUGACUUGGACCAAAUAAUAAAGAAAAGCAGCCAAUAAGUGCCCAACAUAGAUGGGAACUCCUUCAAUACUGUUUAAAAAGCAUCCCAGGGUGAUACCUCAAGAAGUUGGUUGAGAAAAUGUCAAGAGUACAUGUCUGCAAAUUCUAGGCAAAGGGUGACUACUUUGAAGAUGCUAAAAUAUAACACAGUUUUGAUUUAUUUUGGAUUUUGUUUAGUCACAACAUAAUUCCCAUAGUUCCAUUUAUGUUAUUCCAUAGUUUUGAUGACUUUACUAUUAUUCUAAAACGUGAAAAAAAAAAAAAAUUAUAAUAAAGAAUGAGUAAGUGUUUCAAAACUUUUGACCGGUAGUGAUAUAUAUAUAUAUAUAUAUAUAUAUAUAUAUAUAUAUAUAUA